AUGACACGUGCCGAGACCGAACUCCAAGUGAGUUUUGUCCAGGAGAGAGGCCGUUUAGAUGCCCUGCUGAACGCGGAAUCCGACUGCGCGCAGCAGUUGGAAGCGUCGCGCCUCAGGGAAAAGUACCUGGAAGAGGAGUUGCGGGGAAAAUGUGAGCUGUGCACUGAAGCUGCAGAUGCCUUGAGGGAAAACCUCAUGGAGCUGGAAAAACAGGUGGAAUUGAAUGAAGAACGACGAGAAGGAGAAGCGCAGCUGGCAUCCAGAGUGGAACAGUUGGAGAAGCAGCGUCGCGAGUGGAAGAAAACUACCAAAGCCCUUGAAAACCAAGAGCAGGAGAUGGUUGCGCUGAGAGAGGACUUGAGACGUGCUGCAGAGCAGCAUCAGACAAGUCCGGUGAACAAACGCACGCUACGUGUGCAGCUGGAACAACUUCAAGAGCAGUUUCAGAAAGAGCUGGCAGAAAAAGGCGAAGAACACGAGAGGGAGUUGGAAGCAGCGAAAGAGGCCGAAGAGAAACUCGAAGAAAUGCGGCUGAAGCAGUUGCAGCUAGAAGAGCAGCUAGAAGAGCAGCAUGCAGAACAGCUUUCUGCAGGAAACGAACAGCGUGCAGAAGUGAUGGAACAGCAAGAACGCUCGGCAACGCUAGAAGCAGAGCUCAAAAAGAUGCGUCGGAAGGUGCAGACGAACACGAAGGUCAUAGAAAGCCAAGAGCAGGAGAUGGUUGCGCUGAGAGAGGACUUGAGACGUGCUGCAGAGCAGCAUCAGACAAGUCCGGUGAACAAACGCACGCUACGUGUGCAGCUGGAACAACUUCAAGAGCAGUUUCAGAAAGAGCUGGCAGAAAAAGGCGAAGAACACGAGAGGGCGUUGGAAGCAGCGAAAGAGGCCGAAGAGAAACUCGAAGAAAUGCGGCUGAAGCAGUUGCAGCUAGAAGAGCAGCUAGAAGAGCAGCAUGCAGAACAGCUGAUUGACCUUGAGCAGCGCAGUGCUCACCAGAGAAGUGAGGAGCAACAGCAAGAGCUUCUCGAACUUCGGAGCGAGUUGGAAAGUCUGAGAGAUGCACAGGCAGGCGCCACCUUCAUCUCAGUGAAUGCUGAUCAGGCUCAAGAGGCCAUCGAAAUGCUGACGCACGAGCUUCACAGUGCACAAGACUCGCUUCUGCGCGAGAGACGCCAACACGCCACGAUGUGGGCGUCAGGGAAACAGCAGGACUUUGGAGAAGAAGUGCUGGCAGCAAGGGCUUUAGUUCAAGAGGAGCUGCAGUGCUACAACAGCUCUCGAAUUGCGCAGCAAGCAAAGUUCGAAGCAGAGCUGGCUGAGAAGGACAAGCAGCACCAAAAAGAUUGCGAAGAACUGAAAGAGGUGCACAAGAGUGAGUUGCAAGCCACGAAACAGGAAGAGAAACUUCGACCAGAAACGGAAGAGAUGACAAGGGUGAGAGAUGAGCUGCGGCAAUUGGAGGAACAGCGUGUUGCUCAGGAAGAAGCGCGCCAGGAGGAAGAGCAAAAAAAUCAGCGCCUUGCAGCGGAGUUUCAACAGCAACUCAGUGAGUGGCAGCAGAGAAGCGGAAGGCAAACGGCGGAGCUGGAAGAAUACCUGACUGAAAUGGAGAGCUGUCGAAGAAGCGAAGAGCAAAACAUCUCGAAGCUGGAAGAGUUCCAACGUGAAAUGGACAGCUGCCAAAGAGAGGCUGUGGAUUGCCAGAGGAGAAUUGAGGACCUUGAAAGGCAUGAAGAGGAUGAAGUGAAAGUCAGGGAGGAAGCGCAACGCGAACAACGCGAACAGAUCUCAGCGGAGCUGCGCCUUGCGGCUCUCUUGCGAACGGAGCUCGAAGAUCAGCGAAGUGAUUGGCAGCAGAAAAGUGAUGAACAAAGCAAGGAAUUGGUGGAGCUACAAAGUGAAAUGCAAAGCUUUAAGGCGGCCAAGGAGGCGGUCACAGCUUGCUGUGAGCAACUCGUGAAGGAAAGCCAACAGGAGCUGGAGGACCGCUGCCGAGUCGAGCGUCGUGCCCGAGAGGAUUGGCGCAACCAACGCUGCAGUCUGCUAGGUCAGCUGCGCCAGUCUUCAGAGGAGAAACAUCUGCUUGAGAAAAAACUCGCCUGUUCGGAGAGGGAUCUCUGGGAGGCUUCUGAGCAUGUGAGGAGCCUCUGGGAGCAUCGCUUGAAGCUGCAGGAGGAAUGCCAGGUGCAGAAUCAGAUGCUGAACGGUGGCUUGAGACGCACCUUGGAGGAGCAGCAAGAGGAGGCGUUGGCUCUGCACCAUGCAGUGCAAGCGAAGGAGCGCGAGCUCCUUGAGAUGAAGCUACACCGCCAGGAGGGGGCGCCGGUUGCGCCGGCUUUUUCAGCAAGGACAAGGAUUUAG